CGCCAUCCGGAGGAAGCUCUUGUUUCCGAGGACGCAGCUAGCAGCACUUCAAGGUUAGCACCCGGGGACGGAUCUAACAAGCAUCUUUUGGACGUCUGACUGAAAAACACCAAUAUGUCUGAUACUAUCGAUGACAAGAUCAAGAACUACAGGACGGCUCCCUUUGACGCCCGGUUUCCAAACACGAACCAGACCCGCAACUGUUUCCAGAACUACCUGGAUUUUCACAGAUGCAACAAGGCUCUGACAGCCAAAGGCCAGGAUGCAUCACCCUGUGACUGGUACCAGAGGGUUUACAAGAGCCUCUGCCCUAUGAGCUGGGUGGGUAAAUGGGAUGAGCAGAUAGAGAACGGAAGCUUCCCAGGAAAGAUCUAAAAUCUCUUACAGUCAAGAUGUUGUACCUUACCUUUAAUGGUGUGCCUGAGGACCAUUCCAAAGCUAUCACCUGGUCUUUGUCAUCAGUCUUACUUAAACUAAAAACACACACAACCUUAACCAUGUUAAGGCCAUAAAGUUAGUACUGUCUCCUGUAAAACUUUCUUUCGUUAAAUUGAGUUAAUCAAUACAUUGCUGAUUUAUUCACAUGUUUUAUGGUAAAGUUGAAGUACUUUGUUGUAUUUGUCACUUAACAGUAACUUAACAGUGAAAAUGAUCUUAAUUCACACAGCACACCUCAGUGGCUUUAGCUAAUGUCAUUGUUAGUUUGAUUUACUGUGUAUGUUUGGGUCCGAUGUUACAUUUUUUUUCUCAGUGACUGACACACCCGUCUUUUAAAGCGAUACAACAUUGCACGACAAAGUGUAUUUGGUAACUUACAAUCCAACAAUAGCCUUGCAUUUGAGACUUUGCAGUUGUAUGCAUUUUUGUCUCCUAUUGCGGUCUUCUGAAAACAUCUAUUAAAUUUAAAUUCUAUGAAAUUA